UAAAAUCUUCACUUCACGUACCGGCUACAACGAUAUGGAAAACUGAAAGGCGAAAACACAACGAACUUGAUUGAAAGCACUAGAAGCAAAAUUUCCGAUUCAAUAGCCAGAGGAAGGAAUACUCGUGUUUACGCCCAUUAUCAGCAUAGCGAUUUCAAAAUGUAAGUUUCCUCCCAUAAUUGGUUUCAGCUUCUCCUUCCUUCGUCGUUUUCUAUUAUCUCUCAAUGGCGUGCCAUUUCCCUUUCUCCUCUUCUCCAUACUUCAAAACCCACAAAUUCCCAGCAAGCCCCCGCCUUUACCCUUACAUUUCAUGCCGGACUCAAUACCCAGAUGCUGAGAUUGAUGAUAAACACAAGAAUUGUAGUAAACCCAAUUCUACGCAUUCGAAUUUUCUCGCUAUCCCUAUCACUCUCACUGUAAUCUCCACCUCUCUCGCUACAAAACCGGCCCUUGCUGCUGCAGCAACGGCGCGGAAGACUGGUCAGAAAAGAAAAGCCCAGAAAAAAUCACCGGAAGCGUUGAGCCCUGACCAGCUGAAGCAAUGGACUAAGAAUUUACCUCUUGUGUCGAGUCGAAUACCGUAUACUGAAAUUCUGAGUUACAAAGAACAAGACAAGCUUAAGCAUGUAAUUAAGCCGCCCAGUGCGCGGAUGAAGGAGCGGGCCGAGGCUGUUCUGGUUGUUUUGGAUGACAAUCAAGUGUUUAGAACUGUAUUGCCUUCCAUUGAGAGCAACAAGAGAUUUUGGGGUGCUUGGGAUGAGUUUAAGAUUGAUAAUUUAUGUGUGAAUGCUUACACACCUCCUGUUAAGAAACCAGAACUUCCUAAGCCCUAUCUGGGCUUCUUGUGGAAAGUUCCUGAGUUCAUAUUGACCAGAUUUGAGCCUAAGAAGGAGUCGAAAAGAGCUAUGGAAAUUAGGAAGAUGAAGGAGGAGUUCAAGAUGCAACAGAAAGAAGAACUGGCGAGAAUGAGAGAGGAAAGGGAAAUGAUGGAGAGAGCAAUAAAAGUUCAACAGAAAGAAGAGAGGAGGAGGAGGAAGAGGGAUGCCCAGAAGAGGAAGUACCAUCAAUCAUUGCGUGAUGCCCGGGCAAAUUAUACCAGAAUGGCAAAUGUUUGGGCAGAUUUAGCACAGGACUCAAAUGUUGCAACAUUGUUGGGAUUGGUGUUUUUCGUGAUAUUUUAUAAUACAGUAGUGCUUAGUUACAGGAAGCAGAAGAAAGACUAUGAGGAUAGGUUGAAGAUUGAGCAGGCAGAGGCAGAGGAGAGGAAGAAGAUGAGAGAGUUGGAGCGGGAAAUGAUGGGCAUUGAGGAAGAGGAGGACGAGGAAGGUGGUGAGCCAGGGAAAGCAGAAGAGAAUGCUUACAUGAAGAUGGCUAAGCAGUUUAUGAGGUCUGGGGCACGGGUUAGACGGGCACAUAAUAAGAGGUUGCCUCAGUAUUUGGAAAGGGGCGUGGACGUGAAGUUUUCGGAUGUUGCAGGGCUUGGCAAGAUAAGGCUUGAGCUUGAGGAGAUUGUGAAGUUUUUUACACAUGGCGAGAUGUAUCGGAGGAGAGGAGUCAAGAUUCCAGGUGGAAUCCUUCUUUGUGGGCCCCCUGGUGUUGGGAAGACCUUGCUAGCUAAAGCUGUGGCUGGCGAGGCAGGCGUCAAUUUCUUCUCCAUUUCUGCCUCUCAAUUUGUGGAAAUAUAUGUUGGGGUUGGCGCUUCUCGUGUUCGAUCACUUUACCAAGAAGCAAGGGAAAAUGCUCCAUCUGUGGUCUUCAUUGAUGAACUGGAUGCUGUUGGAAGAGAACGUGGUCUGAUUAAAGGUUCUGGUGGACAAGAACGUGAUGCUACUCUGAACCAGCUCCUAGUAUGCCUGGAUGGAUUUGAAGGGCGAGGUGAAGUGAUCACCAUUGCCUCCACAAAUAGACCAGAUAUUCUAGAUCCAGCACUUGUGCGCCCUGGUCGGUUUGACAGGAAAAUCUACAUCCCUAAACCUGGUCUCAUAGGUCGCAUGGAAAUCCUGAAGGUUCAUGCUCGCAAGAAGCCUAUGACUGAGGAUGUGGACUACAUGGCUGUAGCCAGUAUGACUGAUGGAAUGGUCGGUGCAGAGCUUGCAAACAUAAUUGAAGUUGCGGCCAUUAACAUGAUGCGUGAUGGCAGAACUGAGAUUACCACUGAUGACUUGUUACAAGCUGCACAAAUAGAAGAGAGAGGAAUGCUCGAUAGAAAAGACAGAAGCACUGAGACUUGGAAGCAAGUAGCUAUCAAUGAAGCUGCCAUGGCUGUUGUGGCCGUGAACUUUCCAGAUCUCAGGAAUAUCGAAUUUGUGACAAUAUCUCCUCGAGCUGGUAGAGAACUUGGUUACGUUCGGCUGAAAAUGGAUCAUCUCAAAUUUAGAGAAGGGAUGCUCAGUCGCCAAUCCCUACUGGAUCAUAUCACUGUGCAAUUAGCACCACGAGCAGCUGAUGAGUUAUGGUAUGGCGAGGGUCAGUUGAGUACGAUAUGGGCCGAAACAGCAGACAAUGCAAGGUCAGCAGCAAGAACCUAUGUUCUUGGGGGGCUUUCAGAGAAGCAUUAUGGGGUAUCCGACUUCUGGGUUGCAGACCGGAUAAAUGAAAUAGAUUUAGAGGCCUUGCGGAUAUUGAACAUGUGCUACGAUCGUGCAAAAGAGAUCCUGAACGAGAACCGAAAGCUGAUGGAUGCAAUCGUGGAUCAACUUGUCAACAAGAAAAGCUUGUCAAAGCAAGAGUUCGCCAACCUACUUGAGUUGCAUGGCUCCGUCAGACCUUUGCCACCAAGCAUACUUGACCUUAGAGCUGUCAAGCGUGCCGAGUUCCAAAGACUCUUGAUGAGCCAGAACAGAACACAAGUAGACAUCAACGUCUGAGACCGGUCCCCAUCCAAUACGAAUGCUCGACCCCUUAACCAAAGACAGUAUAGUCUUUACUAACUGAUGCAAAUGUAACUGCUACAGUCAAAUGAGCAUUAGGAUACCUUUCUAGGCUCUGUUCGGUUCAUAUGAAUUCAUCAUUUCCCAUUUUACCGAUGUAGCUUAACUUGCAAACCCUUUUUGGCCCCUUUAUUCUCUGUAAAAGCGAACAGAUAGAAUUCCCAGAACCAACUUACACAAAUUAAUCCACUCUCAGCUUAACUUGAAACUUGAAUCUCGUUGUCCGUGUUAGCAAUUACCUUAAACUACAGGUUGUUUUCCA